AUCCCCCGGGCUGCUCCCUGCAAUCGCUGAGCAGAAGUUGGGAUGUGGACAAGGGCGCAGUUUCCCUCACUGCUAACCUUCCCUCCCGCAGGCCCCUCGCAGGCAGCAUGUGGCUGCCACGCAUCUCCAGCACUACGGUGAUCGCGCUCCUGCUGGCGCAGGCUGGCCUCCUGCUCUUCCUGGUCUCCCGGCCCAGGCUGACAUCCCCAGCAGACGGCGAGGAACGGGUGCAUGUGCUGGUGCUGUCUUCCUGGCGCUCCGGCUCAUCCUUUGUGGGCCAGCUCUUCAGCCAGCACCCCAAUGUCUUCUACCUGAUGGAGCCCGCGUGGCACGUAUGGUCCACCCUGUCGCAGGGCAGCGCGUCGGCGCUGCACAUGGCCGUGCGUGACCUGGUGCGGUCAGUCUUCUUGUGUGACAUGGAUGUGUUCGAUGCCUACCUGCCGUUGCGUCGCAACCUCUCAGACCUCUUCCAGUGGGCCGUGAGCCGCGCGCUGUGCUCGCCGCCGGCCUGCAGCGCCUUUCAGCGCGGAGCCAUCAGCAGCGAGGCCGUGUGCAAGCCGCUGUGCGCACGGAGGCCCUUCGGCCUGGCGCAGGAAGCCUGCCGCUCCUACAGCCACGUGGUGCUCAAGGAGGUGCGCUUCUUCAACCUGCAGGUGCUCUACCCGCUGCUCACCGACCCAGCUCUCAACCUGCACAUCGUGCACCUGGUGCGUGACCCGCGGGCGGUGCUGCGCUCACGCGAGCAGACGGCCAAGGCACUGGCGCGCGACAACGGCAUUGUGCUGGGCACAAACGGCACGUGGGUGCAGGCCGACCCAGGCCUGCGCGUGGUGCGGGAGGUGUGCCGCAGCCACGUGCGCAUCGCUGAGGCCGCCACCCACAAGCCGCCGCCCUUCUUGCGUGGCCGCUACCGCCUGGUGCGCUUCGAGGACCUGGUGCGAGCACCGCUGCCCGAGAUCCGUGCGCUGUACGCCUUCGCGGGCCUUAGCCUCACACCGCAGCUGGAGGCCUGGAUCCACAACAUCACGCAUGGGUCCGGGCCUGGCGCGCGCCGCGAAGCCUUCAAGACCACGUCCAGGGACGCACUCAACGUCUCCCAGGCCUGGCGCCACGCGCUGCCCUUCACCAAGAUCCGCCGAGUGCAGGAGCUGUGCGCUGGCGCACUGCAGCUGCUGGGAUACCGACCCGUGUUUUCCGAAAAAGAGCAGCGUGACCUGGCCCUGGACCUGGUGCUGCCGCGCGGCGCCAGCAGCUUCAGCUGGGCAUCGUCCUCCAAUGCGCACCCUGGGCCUUAGCGGAAGGCCCGGUUGUGGCGGUCGCCAGGGCCAGGCGGAGACUUUGGUGGGGAGAGGGCUGGGGUACACAGGGCACAGGCCGCUCCUGGAGGGGCCGGGAGUUUGGGAAUCCUCCCUUGUAUUAGGAAAGGACUGCCUCCCCAAACCCCCUGUUUAUUGCCACUUCUUGACUUUCCUUGGAGUCCUUUUUUUGCAGCUGGGUUUCUUCCAUCAGGCACAUUCUUCAUAGAAAACAAAGCUCGUGCCCAGCCAGGGUGGCUCAGUGGAUUGAGUGUUGUCCCAUGCACCAGGAGGUCACAGUUGGAUUCCUGGUCAGGGCACAUGCCCGGGUUGCAGACUCGAUCCCCAGUGGGAGGCAUGCAGGAGGCAGCUGGUGAUGUUUCCAUCUCCCCCUCUCCCUUCUCUCUCUCUAAA